CUCUCUCUCUCAUAUAAUUUUCUCACAAAAAAUAUUCUUUUUUUGACUUUCUUUAGUUUCCUUGUAAACACUAGUCAUACAAAUUCCUCUCGUGAAAUGUCAACCGGUGGCACCACCACCACGACGACCAGCACCACCAAUUCCGCCACUGUUAUCCCCGUAGCCACCGCACCCACCACCCACCACCGUCGCCGUAUCACCGACUCCAUGACGGACCCCGAAAAAUCAUCAAAUCACAGUACACAACAUAUAGCCUCAUCAGAUUAUAAUGUUUUCUCCGAUAAUAAUGAUAAUAACACUGAAAUUAUCAACACCAAUAUUCUUCAUUAUCACCAUCACCAUCAUCAUCAUCCGUUAAUAAAAUAUUUUUUGGUACGUAAAAAAGUACCAGAAAAUAUUGUAUUUAGAGUAGAAGAAUGGGUUUUAAACGUUGGUACAAUUAUGCAAUCUUUGAGAUCAAGGAAGAAUAUGGGCCGUACAGUUUUUGGUUUGCUGCUUUUUUUUAUGGUGGCAUCUGUAUUUUUCAAGUUUUCUUUUAUGAUGAUGAGUGGCAAUGUAGAAGAUAUAAAUGGGAAUUUAAUGAGAAGAGAGAAUGGUAUUUUUGUUUUACAUAAUUUCAAGAAUGAUAUUUUGGCUAAUGCUCAAAAGGUAGUUUCUGAAACGGAUUCUUCUUCUUCUGCUGCUGCUGGGGAUUUUGUGAGAAAACGUCAGAUGAAAGAAAUACCUGUACCAGAAAUAUGGAUGAAGCCAAACAGUGAUAAUCAUUACCAAUGCAUUUCUCGUCCAAGGAAUCGCAUAAGAACUGGCUCAUCGACGAAUGGCUAUAUCUUAGUUCAUGCGAAUGGAGGAUUAAACCAAAUGAGAACAGGGAUAUGUGAUAUGGUGGCUAUUGCAAAAAUAAUGAAUGCUACUCUGGUUCUUCCUUCUCUUGAUCACGAAUCCUUUUGGACAGAUACUAGUGAUUUUAAAGAUAUUUUUGACUGGAGACACUUCAUUGAAGUUUUAAAGGAUGAUAUUGAGAUUGUUGAGUCUUUGCCACCAAAAUAUGCAGCUGUGAAACCCCUUCACAAGGCACCUGUGUCCUGGUCAAAGGCUAGUUACUAUAGAGGAGAGAUACUUCAUUUACUAAAGAAGCAUAAGGUAAUUCAAUUUACCCACACAGAUUCAAGACUUGCUAACAAUGGCCUAGCAUCGUCUAUUCAAAGGCUUCGCUGUAGAGCAAAUUAUCAGGCUCUGCGUUACACGAAUGAGAUAGAGGACUUUGGAAAGAAGUUGGUGGAUAGACUUAGAGAUAAUGGUGAACCAUAUAUUGCUCUCCAUUUAAGAUAUGAAAAAGACAUGCUAGCCUUUACUGGCUGCAGCAACAAUUUGACAGCUGAAGAGGCUGAAGAACUUCGUAAAAUGAGGUACGAAGUGAAACAUUGGAAAGAGAAAGAGAUAAACAGCAAGGAAAAGCGACUGCAAGGGGGCUGCCCUAUGUCCCCGAGGGAGGCUGCCUUAUUUCUUAAGGCGAUGGGCUAUCCCUCCACGACCAGAAUAUACAUUGUUGCAGGGGAAAUUUAUGGCAACAACAGUAUGGAUGAAUUUCGUUCACACUAUCCGAAUGUGUUCUCUCACUCAACCCUCGCAACAAAAGAAGAACUCGAGGCUUUCAAGAACUAUCAAAACCGUCUUGCUGCUGUAGACUAUAUGGUAGCCCUCGAAAGUGAUGUUUUUGUUUACACAUAUGAUGGCAAUAUGGCGAAGGCUGUGCAAGGUCAUAGAAAGUUUGAAGGAUUUCGAAAGACCAUUAGUCCCGACAGAUUCAACUUUGUAAGAUUAAUCGACUUGUUGGAUAAGGGUGCGAUCUCUUGGGAAGAGUUUGCUUCACAAGUUAAGGUCUUACAAUCCAAUAGAUUAGGAGCUCCUUACCUCAGACAAGCUGGUGAAUCACCAAGAUUAGAGGAGAACUUUUAUGCAAAUCCUUUACCAGGUUGUUUAUGUAAUAGAUCUGAAGAGGAAGCCAGUAAACAGCAACUCAACAAGAGACCAAGUUUAAGGGUUGCUUCACAAAGAUAGGGAUUUGUAUGUUCAUAAUUUGGUAGAUUAGUCCAAUAUCAGUACCAUAAUUCUACAAAUUGGCCUAUAAGGGGCUGCCAGAUGUCGGGUUUUUACUUGCCCUUCACGCUGCGCGGCGAGCAGAAACAAAGAGAGAUUAUUGUAGCAAGCAAGCAGGGCUUGGAAGCAGAGAUGGUUUGGUUUAUAAGAUGGACAAAAAGAAAGCAUAUACAGAGAUAUACUCAAAUUAUUCUUUAGGUGUGGAGUAUAGAAUUUUAAUUCAUUUAUUAUUUUUAUUUUGUUCCAGUUGGUUUUGUAAUUAGUUUACACAUUAGGUUCAACACGGAUUCAUAUGUAUACCGAUUCAUGAAAAUGAUAUACAGGUCUUUGUACACAGUUGCACAAUUAACUCUU